CACUGAGAUGGUGACCAUUGAUAUGACCACUGACAUAAAGACCAUUUACAUGAGGACCAUGAACAUUUUCACGAUUGACAUAAUGACAAUUGACAUAAUGACAAUUGACAUAUUGAUCCUUGACAUAUUAGCCAUUGCCUUGAUUAUCAAUGACAUAAGGGCCCUUUAACAUUUUAAACAUUGACAAUAUGGCCAUUUAAAUUUUGACCAAUUACCUUAUGACCAUUGACAUUUUGACUAUUAAAAUGAUGUUUGACAUGUUGACUGUUGACAUAGUGACCAUUGCAAUUUUGAUCAAUUUCAUGAUGACCAUUGACAUGUUGGCCAUUGAUAUAUUGACCACUGACAUCAAUCAAUCAAUCAAUCAAUCAAUCAAUCAAUCAAUCAUUUAAAGUUUAUUUGUAUAGCCCUUAAUCACAAAUGUCUCAAAGGGCUGCACAAGCCACAACAACAUGAUGACCAUUUGAUAUUUUGAACAUUGACAUGUUGACUUUUGAUAUAUUGACCACUGACUUGAUGACCAUUGACAUGUUGAUAUUUACAUUGAGACUGCUGACAUUAUACGUUGAUCAUUGACACAAGAACCAUUGAUAUGUUAAUCACUGACACGUUGACAUGUUAAUCACUGACAUGUUGACUAUUGACAUAAUGACCUUUGGCAUUUUAAACAUUGACAUUUAGAUUAUUGAUAUAUUGACCACCGACCUAAUGACCAUUCAUAUUUUAAACAUUGACAUGUUGACUAUUGAUAUAUUGAUUACUGACCUGAUGACAUGACAUGUUGAUCACUGACAUGUUGACUAUUGAUAUUGACCUGAUGACAAUUGACAUGUUGAUAUUUACAUUGAGACCACUGACAUGAUACUUUGACCAUUGACAUAACAACCAUUGACAUGUUGAUCACUGACAUGAAGACUAUUGACAUGAUGACCCCUGACAUUUUAGACAUUGACAUGUUGACGAUUGAUAUAUUGACCACUGACAUCAAUCAAUCAAUCAAUCAAUCAAUCAAAGUUUAAUUAUAUAGCCCUUAAUCACAAAUAUAUCAAAGGACUGCACAAGCCACAACGACAUUAUGACCAUUUGAUAUUUUAGACGUUGACAUGUUGACUAUUGACCACUGACCUGAUGACCAUUGAUAUGUUGAUAUUUGCAUUGAGCCCACUGACAUGAACCAUUGACAUGUUAAUUACUGACAUGUUGACCAUUGACAUGACCAUUGACAUAAGAACCAUUGACAUGUUAAUCACUGACAUGUUGACCAUUGACAUGUUGACUAUUGACAUGAUGACCAUUGACAUUUAAAAUUUCAUUUUUUGACCAUUGAUAUAUUGACCACUGACAUGAUGACCAUUGAUUUUUAAACAUUGACAUAUUGAUUAGUGACAUGUUGACCAUUGACAUGAUUACCAUUGGCAUUAGGACCUGAAUAUUGACAUUUAAAGGAGCCAUAUUUUAUAAUUUCAUGUCGAGUCAUCAUUAAAUGGCCCUGAUAUGUCAAAAGGCAUUAAUAAAUCAUGUUCUUUUCAAUACCUCUACAACUGAUAACAGUAGUUCAGCCGGGAUAUGCUCAUUGCUAAAUUAGAUUUACAGAAUUGAAUUGAAUUGACCAUUGACAUGAUGGUGGAAACUGACCCAGAAUCUGGGUUAUGUUUUCAGUUUAAGUUGAACUGACCAAGAUUAGUACAUUUCAAUGUGUAUAAUUUGUUGACAUGUUAAAGAAAGAGUUGAGUGACAGGAGGCCCUGAAGACUUGGAGGUGCUUGUUGACAUGACGGCAACUAUUUGUGGAACACGUAAUGAGAUCCAUGGAGGGUGAACAAGUCUUCUAAAAGAUGUGAUCCUACUCCGACACUUCACUUUGUGCAUUGUGGAGAUGAAGACAUGGGUCAAUGUAUUCUUCAUUUUAGGACUCUUGUUUGCUUCGACACAGUCUGCUGGAUCUUUUUUAUUUUUUCAUCUGGGACUAACUUCAUGGAUGCUGAAUUCAAUGGAACAUAUAUAACUCUUGGUGGCUUUGUAGACGUGGACAAAUAUGGAUAUAUUUACUUUGUCAUCUUGUUGAUACUAUAUAUUAUCAUCCUCUGUACUAACUGCACCAUUAUAUGUCUAAUCUGGAUUCACAGGAACCUUCAUGAGCCUAUGUACAUUUUCAUUGCUGCUUUGUCAAUCAACUCUGUUUUGUUUAGCACUGUUAUCUACCCCAAACUUUUUAUUGACGUCUUAUCUAAAAAACAGACCAUUUCUCAUUCUGCUUGUCUGUUUCAAUAUUUUCUUUACAAUUCUGUAGGUGUUUCAGACUUCUUACUGUUGUCAGCCAUGGCUUAUGACAGGUAUGUGUCUAUCUGCAAACCUCUGCAUUAUCCAACUAUCAUGGGAAAAAGAACUGUUACUUUCCUCUUGACUUUGGCCUGGUUUCUACCUGCAUUGCAGCUCGGAGUUGGAGUUGUAAUUAUACCUCAACAAAAAAUAUGCAAGUUUACUUCAGAGGGAUUCUGGUGUAACAAUACAAUCCACAAGCUUUACUGUGCAAAAUCUAAUUUCUUUACUAUUUAUGUUUUCUUUCUCAUGAUAACUAUUGUUGUUCUUCCUGUGAUGUUCAUCCUUUUCACAUACAUGAACAUAUUUAAAAUAACGUUUCACAGUUCUGUAGAAGUUAAGAAAAAAGCUAUAGAGACAUGUUUACCCCACCUGAUGAUUUUAAUCUGCUUGUCUUGUUUAGGUGCAUUUGUUGCUAUGACCGAUCAAAUGCAAACAAAUCUUCCAAAAGGUGUACUUUUAGUAAUCACUUUUCAAAUAAUUGUGUUUACUCCUUUGUUCAAUCCAAUCACAUAUGGAGUGAAAAUGAGAGAAAUAUUGAUGCACAUUAAAAGAUUGUUUUGUCGGGCUAAACCCUUCAAAUAAAACAUUAAUAUAAAGUUGAUAUUAGUGUAAUAGCAAUGUUUUAUACUCAAAAUAUAUA